AGACUUGGCAUCUUACAAGCACCAGAUUUUUUUCCUGCUAUCCUGACUGGUCAGCACGGUAAUCGAUGUCCUCCUUGCCUUGUAGUGGGCGUAGGAUUUUGGCUGGGAGAAGAGCCCAAACUGGUAUUGGGAAAGCCGGGCACAACUGAUGUGACGGCCAACGCUGAGGGCUCCUGCUUUCUUGAUUGGUCAAUACUCGAGACUUCGGAGGUAGGAUCGGCAAUGAAAAUCAACAAAAGACAUGCAAGGUGGCUUGUCCCCGGGAUCCAUGGCAGUCGUGUAAAUCAGCAGUCUUCUGGUAUGUACCUUCAGGGGAUAGACGACAUAACUGGGACAGAUUCAUUUCCAUUCCGCCGAGGCCAUCUGGCCCUUUGGAGGGCUCAUCGUCAGUGA